AUGAAGAUAAGGAACAAACGGAAAACCUUCUACUACUCAGGACAAGAAUUACAAUAUAUUUAUUUCAUUCACUCACUGUGCCUUUUAGGAAGGUUAUUGAUCUAUACACAAGGCAGACGGCUAUUUCCCAUAAAGCUGAAGAAUAGAAAAGAUUUAGUGUCCCUUACAGAUCUUCUGGUUCUGUUUACCCAACUUAUCUAUUACUCACCAAGUUGUCCAAAGAUGACAUCGGCUGCACAUUUAGAUAAUUACUCUCCUGCAAGUAUGGUGACUGAAGUUCUUCGGAUACUCUGUGAUCAAAAAGAAUGUGCAGUCGAAUGCCUAUAUAAUAACACUGUGAUUGAGGCACUUCUUCAGCCUAUUCAUAAUUUAAUGAAAGGAACUAAGACUGCUCCAGAUUGCUCUGAAACAGCUUUAAUUCACAUAGCUGAUAUUUUGGCAAGAAUUGCAUCUGUAGAUGAAGGACUUACCUUACUACUUUAUGGAGAAAAUAUGAACUCUUCUGAAGAAAAAAGUCCAACAGGUGCUCAUAUAAUUGCCCAGUUUUCAAAAAAACUUCUUGAUGAAGAUAUUUCUAUUUUUUCUGGAUCGGAAAUGCUGCCUGUGGUUAAAGGAGCUUUUAUUUCUGUGUGUCGUCAAAUAUAUGGUACAUGUGAAGGCUUACAGGUGUUAAUUCCUUAUAGUUUGCAUGAGUCUAUAGCAAAGGCAUGGAAGAAGACAAGUUUGCUAUCAGAAAGAAUUCCUACUCCAGUAAAGUGUUCAGAUUCUAUUUCUUCGGUAAGCCAGGAAUCCCAAAACACUAUGGCUUGGGAAGAGAAUUUGUUAGAUGAUUUACUAAAUUUUGCUGCCACUCCCAAAGGACUACUGUUUCUUCAAAGAACAGGUGCCAUCAACGAAUGUGUGACAUUUAUGUUCGACCGAUAUGCAAAAAAAUUACAGAUCAGCAGGCAUAAAAAGUUUGGCUAUGGAGUUUUGGUAACACAAGUGGCAUCAACAGCAGCAGGUGCAAUAGCACUACAAAGUUCAGGGUUUAUUAAUACACUUAUAACUGAAUUAUGGGCCAAUCUGGAAUGUGGAAGAGAUGAUGUUAGAAUAACUCAUCCCAGAUCUACUCCAGUGGAUCCUAUUGACCGGAGCUGUCAAAAGUCUUUUCUAGGACUGGUGAACUUGUUACCUUAUCCUGCUGUUUAUGAGCUGGUAGGCAAUCAAGAUCUUCCUAAUAAAGCAGAAUAUUCUCUUCGUGAAGUCCCAACAUGUGUAAUUGAUAUUAUAGAUAGACUUAUAAUUUUGAAUUCAGAAGCUAAGAUUCGUUCUUUAUUCAACUAUGAACAAUCACACAUCUUUGGUCUAAGGUUAUUAAGUGUGGUAUGCUGUGAUUUAAACACUCUUCUCCUGCUAGAGGCUCAGUACCAAGUGUCUGAAAUAUUACUAAAUGCUCAAGAAGAAAAUAUCUUAGAGACCUCUGAAAGCCACAGAGAUUUCAUAAUUGAUGGCUUAUCAGUAGAGAGAAAUCAUGUUCUUGUUAGAAUAAAUUUUAUUGGUGGGCCCAUGGAACGAAUUUUGCCUCCAAGGGUACUAGAAAAGGGUGAUGAUCCAUAUCCUUGGCCAAUGUUUUCAUCAUAUCCUUUACCAAACUGCUAUCUGUCAGAAGUUACAAAAAAUGCUGAUCUAAAGCAAGACAAUGAUCUUGGCAAACUUUUAUUACGCUUCAAAAUGUCUGAUAAACAAACCGAGUGGAUAGAAAACUGUCGAAGACAAUUUUGCAAAAUGAUGAAGGCCAAACCUGAUAUAAUCAGUGGAAGUGCUUUACUAGAAUUGCUUGAAAAAUUUGUGCUUCAUCUCUCUGAAAGCCCUUCUGAAUGCUACUUCCCCUCAGUGGAAAAUACAACUACUGAUGCAAAUGUGAAGAACGAAAGUCUUUCAUCUGUGCAGCAGCUUGGCAUUAAAAUGACUGUCAGAUAUGGCAAGUUCCUCAACCUGUUAAAAGACAGUGCAGAAAAUGACCUUACCUUGGUUUUAAAGCACUGUGAGAGAUUCCUGAAACAGCAGCAAGCUCCCAUAAAAUCUUCUCUUCUCUGCCUGCAGGGGACUUACGCUGGCCAUGACUGGUUUGUAUCUUCUUUGUUCAUGAUAAUGUUGGGAGACAAAGAAAAAACACUUAGAUUUCUUCAGAAGUUCUCCAGGCUUCUGACCUCUGCUUUCCUUUGGUUGCCAAGACUACAUAUUUCCAGGUACCUAGCUACUGAUACUAUAGAAUCUGGCAUCCAUCCGGUAUAUUUUUGCAGUACUCACUACAUUGAAAUGCUCCUGAAGGUGGAGGUGCCGCUUGUGUUUUCAGCUUUUCACAUGUCUGGUUUUGCACCAUCCCAGAUUUGCCUACAAUGGAUAAGUCAGUGUUUUUGGAAUUAUUUAGAUUGGCUAGAAAUCUGCCACUAUAUUGCUACUUGUGUUUUCCUUGGCCCUGAUUAUCAAGUGUAUAUCUGUAUCGCUAUAUUCAGACAUCUGCAACAAGACAUUCUGCAGCACACUCAGACUCAAGAUCUGCAGGUUUUCCUAAAAGAAGAAGCACUGCAUGGUUUUCGAGUUAGUGAUUACUUUGAAUACAUGGAGAUUCUGGAACAGAACUACCGACCAGUGGUGCUGAGAGACAUGCGGAACAUUAGAGCGCAGAGCACAUAGAUGGUGGAGCACACAGUUUAAUGUCAUGUUUUAUUUAUGUUUGUAAAUACACAUACUGUGAAUCAAUACUGGGACUUUUUCAAUAUAAUAAUAUAUAUUCAAGUAGGAAUUAGCUCAGUUUGUGACAUGAAGUAAAUUCAUUUUUGUUAAGUGUGUUGUUUUGUGAGGUUUAGAUUCAGAUCUAAUUUACUUAUAGUUCUUUGUGUUUAACAGCUAAUCCCAACCGACAUCUCUUUCUUCACCAGAAGAUUAAAGUAUUUUUUUUUUCCAAAUGAGUUUUGAGAGAAGCAUCAAAUUGUAUGUAAUUAUUUGACUAGCCAGAGAGAGAGUCCAUAGAAACAAGGAAGACAUUUGUUUUCUUCAUGUUUUGUCUGCACAUAUAAAGGAAAAUAGACAAAACCACAACUACUAAUUUUACAUGUGGAGGAAAUAAAUUAUAUUUAUCAUGGCAAAUGCUAAGAAAACUGUUGUUCUCAGACAUAAUUGUUUUUCUAGGAAUUGCUUUUGAUACCUGUAUCAACUUACAAUUUUUCAUGUGAAAUGUAGCCUCUACAUGGUUCAUUUAAAAUAUAGAUUGGUUAUUUCAUACUGAUAAGCAUUUGACUCAUUUGUUAUGCAUUUUUCUUAGUGAUAAAUUUUAUUUGUACUGAACUUAAAAACAUUAGAAUAAUUUCUAAAUUAUUUUAAAUGACUAACACGAUGUUUUAUUUAAAUAGAAGGCUUUGCUCCAAUGAGAUUAAUACAAUAUGCUAAGGUCUAUUUUCUUACAACUGUCACAUUUAAUAUAUGAAAAGUAAUACACAAAAAUACUUUUCAGUUAGCAAUUUUAACAAGUUUUUUAAAAUUAUAGGUAGUAGUCAUUUUGCAUGCAUUACUUAUAUUUAAAUAUAAAUCAAACAUUAAAACCAUUUUGAAGCCUAUUUUUUUUAAACCAAAAAUAGCUCAUCCACAAACUCAUUUUUCCUUUCAGUAUCAUGAAACAACUGGCACCAUACAGUUUCAGUUUUGUGAUAUUUAGACUAUUAUAAUAUCAACCUUCCAAAAUGAGGCUUUAUGCUGUAAAUGCUAAUAGUAGCUGCUCAGUAAUGGUGUUCGUAAAGGGCACUGAAAAAGUUGAGAAAAGAAAAUUGAGCAAGUUAAUUUGACUUAUUGCUCCCUUUAGCUCUGGUUGAUAGGAGUUAAGUAAGGCAGUCCUAGGUUACUCAAAAUACCAAGUUUUGUCUACUUUCAAACUUAAUUUUGGAAAGCUGUAAUACAUGUUAAUGGUUUCAUUUCUUCCCAUUCUGUUCCUGAGUUACUGUUAUUGAUACUAAGAAAUUACAGCUUUAUUUCCUUUUUAAAAGCUCUUACACGGUAAUUGGAAAUACAAAUGGAGAAGGAACUAUAACUUAGUUUUGUAAUAUUCAUUGGUGAUUGAUUGGAAACUGAAGUAAGAUCUAGGUAAUAACAGUUACAUUUUGGAAAAAUGAAUUCAGCUGGAGCCAGAAGGGGUUUGUUUUCAUUUAUUAAAUAAAUGUCUUAUGAACAAUGACCUAGCAAUUUGGUGAAAUAAUGUAAAAUAUGGUAGUUUAUGUAGCUAGCAUUGUAAAUUAUUUUGUACCUAUUAUUUUAAGAAUACUCUUUAGAAUAGAAAUAAAUACAACCCUGCCUUGCCUUUCAGUUUUGUUUUUAAUUAUUUAAAGUGUAAGUCCUUAGGUAGGACAGACUUUAUUUCUACUUUGUGAAUUGGUACCUCAUACGUUUUAACAGGAUUCAUUAUAAGAAACUAUAUUUUAUGAUAACAAUGUGAACAAAUUUGUGAAAAAUUUAAGCGCUCAUAUAUAAAUCUUUGAGUAUCUGUUUUCAGAAUUUCAUCUCUGUCGUUAUGCCUCCUCAUGAUGCAUAGGCAUCUAAGGAAUCUGUGAAGAUAAAGUAAAUCUCAGAAAUUAAUCUAACCUUAACAAUUCUACCCAAAUUUAUCAUUAUUAAAUUAUGUUAUGCUCUAGUUUGGUUUUCCAAUUCCAAGAUGUUAAAGAAAUUUCUUUGGUUGUUCAUUAAACAGACAUGUUUUGAGGCUUGUACAUAUAAUGAAAUAUUUUGAAUAUUCAGGAUAGGAUAAAUGAAAUAACAGUACUGCCACUCACAGAGUCCACAGUCCUCAUGGAUAGAUGAAUAAUUUUGAACUGUGGAAAAUGUAGUUUUAAAGAUGACAAGAAUUGAUCCCUGGAUUUGGUGGCUUUGAAAAGAGCAGUUCUGAUGGAGUAAUAAAGUUUGUUUAGAUCAGGGUUACUUGAUGCUGUGAAGAAAGACUAGAGACUGAUCCUUCUAGGAGCAUUGCUGAACAGAGAGAGUAUGGGUGGUAGCUACAGGCGGCCUGGGGUCGAAAGACUUUUUAAGAUGGAAAAUAGAAGCAUGUUAACGUAAGUAGAAAUGAUGCAGUAGAGAAAGAAAAACAUGCUGAAGAGAAAAAUGCUGGAGUGAAUGUCAUGAGACUCAUUACUGUAGGAAUGAAAACUGCAAUAGCCAUUUUGGACGUUUGGGUUUUGUUUUGUUUUUCUUUUUCAAAUUAAGUUAAACACACACUUCAUUAUGUGACUCAGCAGUAUUCCUUCUAGGCAUUUCCCCCAAGGAAAUAAAAGACAUAUCCAUACAAAGGCAUGCAUGAAUAAUAUAGCUUUAUUCAUUAUAGUCCCAAAAUGGAAACAACCCAAAACUCAACUGGUGAAGGGAUAAACAAAUGGAAUACAACUCAGCAUUAAAAAAUGCCACCUACUAAUGCACACAAAAGUACAAAUAUUGUUGGAUUCCAUUUACAUGACGUUUUAGAAAAGGCAUCUCUAUAGUGACAGAAUGUUACUGGUUUCCAGGGCUUAGGUUGUGAGUGGGUGUGAAGAAAGGGAAUUUACUGCAUAGAGGUGUCUAUGUCAUAACUGUAGUGAUGGUUACAUGACUGUAUUUUUAAAGUACUUUGAAAUGUAUGCUUAAAAUGGGUGAAUUUUAAGUUUCACCUCAGUAAAGUUGAUUAUGAAAAGAUAAAUGCUGCAAAGAGAAAUUGACAAAUCUGUUAUAAUGGAAGUGUUUCAACAUUAGCAGUUAUGUUAGCUGUAGGUUACUUGUGGAUGCCUUAAACAAGUUGAGGAAAAUCCUUUCUAUUCCUAUUUUGGUGAGAGUUUCGGAAAUAGAAUUUCUGUCUGGAAAUGAUUUUAUCGAAUACUUUAUGUAAAAGUAAUCUUUACAUUAUGUGAAAGUAAUCUUUACAUGAGUUUCCCCCUUUUUUUGGUCUGUUGAUAUGAUAAUUUCCCAACAUUUCUAAUGCUAAACCAACCUUGCAUUCCUGAGAUUAACUCUACUUGGUCAUAAUAUUUUAUCAUUUUUACAUACUGUCAGAUUUGAUUUGUUAAAAUUUUGUUAGGGAUUUUUAUGUCUGUGUUCAUAAGGG